CUGUGUCCCAAAAUGGGUCUCAUCGAAGCCAUCCUGGAGCAAGUCUCCUUGAAAGCCGUCUUCGCCAUUCUCAUCGCCGCGUACUCCGUCUGGCAUAUCAUAUGUCGCAUUGAUGAGCAUCGACGCAUUAGACGUCUGGGAAACUACGGCCCACACCUCACAACGUACUUUCCGCUGGGUCUUGACCACCUCUACAAGACCGUCCGAUCCACCAUAAGACACGAAAAUCUUGACUUCUGGCGAAAUCAUUUGUUUGGUCCCUUCAACUCCUGGACCUCCGAGGCACGCAUGCUCAACAUGCGCAUCAUCUUCACCGCCGACCCAGCCAAUCUCAAGGCCAUCCUGGCAACGCAGUUCAGCGACUACGGCAAAGGCGAGCCCUUCCAUGCCGAGUGGAAAGAUUUCCUCGGCGACAGUAUCUUCACCACCGACGGACAUCAGUGGCAUGCCAGCCGCCAGCUCAUCCGGCCUCAGUUCACCCGCGAUCGUGUCAGCGAUUUGCACUGCUUCGAGGCACAUAUGCAGACGUUUUUCCGUGCCAUUGCGAAUGGAGGACCCCUGGAGGGCGAGGAUCAGGUGGUGGAUAUGAACGGUGUUAAUGGUAAGGUGAUGGAUAUCAGCGGUUUGCUUUUCCGCUACACGCUCGACGUGGCAACCGAAUUCCUCUUGGGAUCCGAUGUCAAGUCUCUUACUACACCUGUCCAGGAGUUCGCUGAGGCAUUCAACGAAGUUCAACGCAUCCAAAACAUCAUUGCCCGGACAUCCAAGGCUCGGCCCCUUGUCCCCAAGUUCGCCUUCCGACGCAAUCUCAAAAUCGUUCAUCACUUCGUCAACUUCUACAUCGAGCGGGCCCUGCGCAUGAGCCCCGAGGAACUUGCCCGCAAGUCCAAGGACGACCACUCUUACACGUUCCUGCACGCCCUCGCUGGCUUCACGCGAGACCGCACCGUUCUGCGCGACCAGAUCAUGAGCAUCCUCAUCGCGGGCAGGGAUACCACCGCUUGCACUCUAUCCUGGGUUAUCUAUGAGUUGGGCCGCCACCCAGAAGUUGUCGCGAAGCUGCGAGUCGAACUUCUCGACACCGUUGGUCCUACCCGAACCCCAACGUACGAGGAUCUCAAGAAUAUGCCUUACAUGAAAGCCAUCCUCAACGAGGCGCUACGCUUGUACCCGGCGGUUCCCUUCAAUGUCCGCCUCGCCCUCAAGGACACGACGCUCCCGCGCGGCGGCGGACCAGACGGCACCGAGCCCUUGCCGGUCCUCAAAGACACGCCCGUCGCAUACUCGACACUGGUGAUGCAGCGUCGGGCAGAUCUGUACCCGCCUGUGUCGGAUAAGUUCGCCGACCCUGACGUCUUCAGCCCCGAACGGUGGGAGCACUGGCACCCCAAGCCGCACGAGUACAUCCCCUUCAACGCCGGCCCGCGGAUCUGCAUCGGCCAGCAAUUCGCGUUGACCGAGAUGAGCUACGUGUUGUGCCGCAUGUUCCAGCGGUACGAGAAGGUCGUGAGCUACAUGUACGAGGUUGACGGCGGACAGCCCAUGCUCAAGGCUGAUAUUGUGCUAUCGCCUGGCCAGGGGGUGAGAGUGGCUUUCUGGGAGGCGUAGAC